UGAUCUGCUCCUCAAACGUUCCUAUGAAGCAAAGACACCACUCUACGCAAUCGAGCGACACUGAGCCGGACACCGAAGAUGAAGCAUCCACAUCACAGAUACCGAUCUAUGACUCAAAGCCCGCGGCACCAACUGCGAAGAACUCUAUAAUUGACUGCAUUGAGACGAUACAGUUCUUCGACCUGGCAUUACUUCAAUCCGAGGCUUUAUGCGAGGAAUCUGCUGCUCACACUAAGCUCGCGUCGGCUGCAAGCUCCAUUCUCGAGUUUCUGGACUCCUUCAGCUCGCAAAGCAAUAGCUCGAUGGAUAUCCAAGACCAAUAUCCUUCGUCACUAGUUCAAUUUGGGCAGCUGGUGGAUGUUACAUUCUUCGAGACUCUGUUCGAACAGAGAAAAAUCUUCCACAACAUCGCCGCUCUUUCCCUUGGAGUCUCUUCUGGUCCCAUCGUGUGCUGGGUGGACUCUUUUCUCUCCAAGAUCUCGGAUGCGCUAGGCAUGGUCGCGACUGGUCUCCAGAUCACCUGGUACUUUCCAGGUUCGCUGGAACUGAGAGAAGAAGAAGGACUACGGAUAGCAUCUCAGAUUCCAUUGAACUGGUCGGAUGUGCCGGAGAUACUUGUGUCCGAGCAAGCCUCCCCAGCUGCAAAACGACUCGCUCUUCGACUGAUCUUCUCAAGCUACGUAGUUGGACCUCAAUUACGUGGAGAAACGAUCGCGAUACCUUCUGCUUUGUCUGAUACCCUGACAAAUUACUUGGCAUCGACAAGAUCCGCAGGAUUCUCUUCGAGUUUCGUCGGGGAAGAUUUACAACUUCAGGAACGGCUCCACUUUUCCAUGAUCGUCUCUUUGUUUGCGAACGCGGAGUUUGGCACAAGCGACGCGAGAGUCCGACCUCACACACUUGGCUGUCUUUUGAACGUCUUGCAGCACGUUCUGCAUCCUCAGGAUACCGUGUCUUCACUCCCUUUGAUAUGUCCUCCUGACGAAUUAGACGCGCCCCUCGUUAUCCUGUUCCGGUGGGGCAACACUGUCCAAUGGUGCUUCGAGACCUGGGAUGAUCCUCGAGUCGCUGGCUCAGAGAGCAUUACAUAUCUAACCUCCAUGUGGCUCCUCCAUACAGAGUCCGAGCUUCACAGCUGCUCCACCGGUGUUUCCAUCGCUGUUCUGCGAGUGAUCCAUCAAGCUGUGUUGUCACUUUCCUCAAGCGGCAAGCUAUCUCGCCAAGUCGUCAAAGCUGCCUCCACAUAUGCAUCAACCUGUAUAGAUUACCUGUCUUUUCGACAGAUCCAGGAGGAGCGUUGGAUCACUCAUGCCUUUUGUAAAUACCUAUGUAGCGUUUUUGUUCUGCUGGACUCUGAGUACGAGGAUGACUGUGAAGCGCACGACUACAUCUUGGAAGCUUUGAGUAGGGUAGAUCGCCAAACGCUAGGUGAUUGCCUCAGUAAUCUGAAAGGAGAUUCCGAAUUACGUUUCGUCGAACGGGUUAUCGAUCGUCUGACGAGAAUUCGUAAUCUACUAUCAGCAGACACACUCCUUGUUGGUCAGGAGACAUUGCAGCUGAUACGGAGCGAGCUCAAUUUUCUUGUGAUUCUUUGGCACGCUGGGUUGAAGGAUCUCUUUCCGACGCCACUGAUUCUAUCUGUUCUCUCCUCUGCAUUCAAGAUCGCCGAUCAAUGCAACGGGGCAAAGCUGGUCCUCGCGGAGUCUCUCAUCACAGCCUCUUGCGCGGCCAGAUGCGACGUCCUGCUAUCCGAUCAAGUCAACGAAUCCGUCUGGCAAAUCUCGCUCCAGACUGCAUCGCUUGGUGUUCUCGGUAUAUACCAUGCUGAAUCUACUGUCUCCGCACUCAUCUACCAUGAAAGCGAGUUUCGCGCAAUAUGUCCUGCAAUCAAAGACUUGUCUGGGUCCACUGUACUGCGCCGAAGCAUGGGCCUCGCUGUCUCAAGUCUUGUUAUUGAUUCUCAAGCGUCAUUUCGUUGGCAUUCAAGAGCCGCUUGCUCUGCUUGUCUCCCUGUCAUCUGCCGCGCUCUGCUUCGGUUACUGGAGGCUGAUGCUGGGUCGACGCAAUUCAUGAUCAGCACGCCGUUCACGCUGAAUCUAUGUUCUGAAUUGGCCAAUGUCUGUCAAGGACGCAAGAUUGGAGAGUACUUUGGCUUUUUGAGGCAGAGAAUAGAAGAAGCUAGCUCGCAGCUGCUUAGCCAUAUUCAGAUGAAGUCGAAGCUUGAAGUUUCCACAACUAUCCCUGCGACGGACGUUCCUAUUCGUCUCCUUUUUUAUCGACAUGAAUCAAGCCACCUGCUACUUAUUUCUGACAGGUAAACUCCUGUGCAGUAACCAUUAUCGUGUAUGGCUGUGAUCCCGAAUAAAUUAAUU